AUGACCCAAGAAGGAUUCCAUGGGAGCAUAAAUCACCGAACAGCAACAUUAGAAGAGACUACUGCUUCAACAGCGGGUUAUCGCAGCUAUGAUGAAAAGUCGAUUGACACAGAACUCGCUGCCGGCAAGGCUUAUGAUAACAAGGAAAAGGCAUUUGAUACUGCGUCGAUCGAUCAAGCAUCAGGAGAGAUCCGAAAGCUAGUCAGGUCUGUCAUCACGAACGCAAAGCUAGGAGGGCUAUUAGAAGAUCUCAACAUGACGGAAGGCCAAUACAGAUGGUGCUUGUCAAUUUAUUAUUUUGGUUUUAUACUAUUUGAAAUCCCAAGUAAUAUCAUUUUACGACGCUGGCGACCUUCGCCAUACCUCUCCUUUUUGGUCUUUACUUGGGGAGUGGUCGUGAUGUGCUCCGCAGCUGCCACAAAUUUUGCUGGAUUACUUCUUUCUCGCUUUCGGUCCGGCUACACUAUUAUCCUUGCAUGUGUUGCUGCUGCCACUGGCGGUUUAAUUGCUUACGGAAUCAGUCAUAUCACAACACAAACGCUGAGCACAUGGCAAUGGAUGUUCAUUAUUGAAGGUGCACCUUGUAUCGUACUCGCUGUAAUUUGCUACUUUUACUUACCUGAUAAACCGGAAACUGCAAAAUUCUUAAACGAGCGAGAACGGGAACUCGCGUUAAAACGUUUAUCACUUGAUCAAGGGGCAGCCGAUGAUCACACAUGGUCAUGGAAUCAAGUAAUAUCGGUUUUCACUGACUGGAAAUCAUACUUGUACACUUCUGUGACGGUUUCAACUACCAUUUCUGCUGUGGGCGUAACGCUAGCCUUGCCAUCCAUUAUAGCCGGCAUGGGUGCGUGGUCCCAGGACGUUUCAUUGGCGUUAACAACUCCACCGUACGUACUUGCAUGCAUUUUUACUUUUCUCGGGUGCUGGAGCUCAGAUAAACUUUUUGAGCGCGGAUAUCACAAUCUCGUUGGAGUUGUAAUUCGAAUGAUGGGUCUACUGAUGCUUAUGUUCGUCCCAGAUAAUAAUUACGGUGCGCGUUAUUUUGCAGUCUGUAUUGCCGUUGCUUCAAGUUACAUGAACCUACCAAUCAAAGUAGCGUGGUAUACUAAUAAUUAUUCUGGAAUGACACGGCGUGCCGUAGCUUGUGCUUUUAUCGCAGGGUUUGGAGCCAUUGGCUCUGCUAUCGCCGGGCAAGUUUAUUUCGAUGGGCCGUUAUUCUUCUGGGGUAACACAAUCGCCUUCAUCUUUCUGGUCAUUGAAGCAAUAAUCACUUUGAUUCUCCGUAUGAUGCUCAAACAUGUAAACAAAGCAAGAGCUAAGAUGACCGUAGAAGAAAGAGAACGACAGAUUGCAAAAUACGGAGGAGAAGGACUGGUCGGAGACCAUCAUCCUGACUUUCGUUAUGCGUUGUAA